ACCAUACCGCUAUUCUCCCUUCAGCGCUUCCAUAGCGAACAACGCAACAACUAUAAUCUCAACCCUUUGCCUCUGUGGCAUUCGGAUCUCUCAGUACUACUCUUUCGACCACCAUGACCAUCCUAUCGAAGCGUAUCGUCAAGCUUGUCGUGAUUUCCGAUUUCAUCUGUCCUUGGUGCUACAUCGGGUAUCGCGAGCUCCAAAAUGCGCUGGCCCAGUGUUCCAAUCUACCACUCGAAUUCCAGGUCGAGUACCGGCCUUUCAUAGUCAGCCCUGGCCUCUCGGAGACACCGAUGGAUAAAGAGGAAUACCUCACGAAGAAGUUUGGUAAAAUGAAGUUUGAGGCCGUUAACAGUCUGGUGACCCAGAAAGCUGAGGAGGCCGGAGUCAACAUUUCAUUCCAGGGCAAGAUUUCGCAAUCAACACGAGCGCAUAGGUUGAUGAUGAAAGCCUUGCACAUCGGAGGCCCAAAAACCCAGGCCGAUCUUCUGCGCAAUAUCUUCAAGGCGUAUCAACAGGAUGAGCAGGACCUGUGCGACCUCGAUAUGCUUUCCGACCUCGCAGAAGCUUCCGGUUUGAUGUCAAAAGCAGAGGCACUCGACUUUUUGAAGUCCGACGAGCUCUUGGCAGAGGUUGAGGCCCAAAUUGCUGAGGCCCGCCAGAAGGGCGUCACUGGCGUUCCGUUCACCAUCAUCGACGGCAAAUGGGCUGUCGGCGGCGGACAACAGGCGUCUGUGUAUGUGAAGAUCUUCCAGCGUCUGGCGACGGCCGAAAGUCUUGCUGACCAGUCGGGAGCACCAAGUCCAUCGUCUGCUGUGGCCACUGCGGCCUAACAGACCUCUUACGUUCACCCUUCCGUUCUCGCGCGGAAAACCCUAUCUCGAAAUUAUCUCCCUCUCUUAUGUUAUCGGGCUCUGAAGUUGUUUAGUACAGUGUUCCUCCAUGCUCCCAUCCUCACCACAUCACGAUCUCAUCCGCAUCCGUUCGAAUUUCUCCUUUCACCUUACGUACUCUCCAUUCAGAUGUCCUUUUGUUCCCAGAGGAGUUGGCACGUUGUGUUUUUAGUCGUCGUCUUUCUUUUUUGUCUUGUCCUGUCCACAUACCUAUUCUUUUUCUCUCAUCGCGCCAUCUCCACCAUUACCAUCAACCGCCACCUUCACGCCGUUCUCUUCCCCAAGGGGCUCGUCCUCGUUCCACCUUACGAGCCUCGAUUACUUAAAUCAAUCUCCCAUCAUCUCGUGCUUCCGUCACUGUCACUGUAAAUAAUUCGUCCUCGGAGGGUCGCGCGUCCGUACAUCUAUGUGUUUGUUUUUUUAGUCUUUAUAACGUCCAUCAUGCGCCCUCUUUCUCCUUUGAAGUUUGAUCGAACUGGUGCCUUCUUUCUUUCCGUACGGCUUUUUAUUAUUUAGAUUCUGCCUCUGCCGACUUGGCUGGGUACUUAUUGUGUCAUUGGUUCAUUUCGCUGCUACUUAUCAUCGAUGGAGUCGAUGUUCUUUGGAUUCAGUGGACUGAGAUAUCGAUGGAAUGUAAUU